AUGGGUAGAGAAAAUAUUUUGAAAUAUCAAUUGGAGCAUGAUCAUGAAUCUGAUCUUGUUACAGAAAAAGAUCAAUCAUUAUUGCUUGAUAAUAACAUAAACGGUAUGACUAACAACAUCAAACCUCAUCCAGUACGUGUUAAUUCAGGAAAUCAUAAUAAUUUCCCCUUUACAUUAUCUUCAGAAUCAACAUUACAAGAUUUUUUAAAUAAUAAUAAAUUUUACGUUGAUUCCAUAAAACAUAAUCAUGGGAAUCAAAUAUUUGAUUUAAAUGGACAAGGUCAAUCUCCUCAUACAUUAUGGAUAGGAUGUAGUGAUUCAAGAGCAGGUGAUCAAUGUUUAGCUACAUUACCAGGAGAAAUAUUCGUUCAUAGAAACAUUGCCAAUAUAGUUAAUUCCAAUGAUAUAAGUAGUCAAGGGGUGAUACAAUUUGCUAUUGAUGUUUUAAAAGUGAAAAAAAUCAUUGUUUGUGGUCACACUGAUUGUGGUGGUAUUUGGGCAUCGUUAUCAAAGAAAAAAAUUGGUGGUGUUUUAGAUUUAUGGUUAAAUCCAGUUAGACAUAUUCGUGCUGCUAAUUUGAAAUUAUUAGAAGAAUUUAAUCAUAAUCCAAAAUUAAAAGCGAAAAAAUUGGCUGAAUUAAAUGUUAUUUCUUCAGUAACAGCUUUGAAAAGACAUCCUAGUGCUACUGUGGCAUUAAAGAAAAAUGAAAUUGAAGUUUGGGGGAUGUUAUAUGAUGUGGCAACUGGUUAUUUAUCUCAAGUAGAGAUUCCUCAAGAUGAAUUUGAGGAUUUAUUCCAUGUUCAUGAUGAACAUGAUGAGGAAGAUUAUAACCCUCAUUAA